AUGCUCCAAAAACAAACUACAAAAGCCAAGAAAGUUCUCACAUUGGAAAAGAUCAGACCGACCUAUCAGUAUGAAAUUCCCGAUCGUUCCAUCUUCUCCACAGUUUCUGAUUUACAAACUAAUACACGCUUUGCGAGACAUACAGCUUUGUGUUACAUUCCUCCAACAUCAAUAUGGGAACCAAUUCAAGAAAUUCGACAAGUAAUGGAUAAAGGAUUUACCAGAUGGCCACCACACAUCAAUUUAUUGUUUCCAUUUAUUCCCGAGGGAUGCUUUGAUGCUGCUGCAACUCUGUUGAAAAAAGAAUUGGCAAAUUUUGAGCCUUUUGAAUGUACCUUUCAUGAUAUUAAUUGUUUCCGAAAAGGUUCUUCAGUAUUGUGGCUAGAUCAAGACGAACAUGCUGUGAAGCAAGUUGUUGAGUUGCAGAAACGAGUGGCUGCAUUAUUUCCCUAUUGUGAUGAGAAAAAGAAUGAAAAGGGUGAAUUUAUUCCUCAUUUAACAAUAGGAUACACUUCACAAAAUAUUGUGGAUAAGACAAUGUCAGAAUUGAAACAACAAUGGAAAUCGGUGACUGUUCCUGUUGGAGAAAUUUGUAUGAUUUUCAGACCAGAUGUCGACACAAGUUUUACCACGAUUCACAAAAUUCCAUUAGGAAAAGAAUAA